AUGCGUGAGAUCCGCAUGCUUAGCUUCCACCUCCACUUUUCACGGGUUGCUGUGUCACUUGCAUUGGACGCUGAUAAAACCAUCAUUCAAAAGAUGCUAGCCGAGGUGAAGGAGGAAGAAAAUCAGCAACGUGAGGCGAUGGGAAGAAGCGCAAAUGCUGCAUCCACCAGUCCAACACUGCCUCCUCCCUCCUCCCAGUCCUGUGCCUGCUUUGGCACCGAAAGACGCAACAAACGUCGCAGAAUGGUCCUUGAAAUGCUAAAAGAGAUCGUCGACUCAACCAGCCCCUCUGAGCAUGAAUCCAUUUCUUCUGAGACUGUUCCACCAGUCAAAAAUCCCAACGAAUCUCUUCGAAGAAGGCUUCUUAAAAAGCGUCUUGGUCUAACCUCACCAUCAUCUGCGCCACAGCUGAUUCCAUCACCUCCUGGAGAAGUUGAAAUGCUUGCAAUGGGAGAAAUCAGUCCUGCUCCUACCUCAAAAACUCUCCCUCGUGUUUCUGUCAAUGUGGAAUGUCUUGUGGGCGUGUCUACUCUUCCUCAUCGUUCUUCGGCUUCCUCUAAUGGAAGGCGCGUCAUUUCGAAUUUGGGGAAAGAACGACCAUCAUCCGCUUACGGAACGGUGAAUUUUCCCUUGGCGCAGGAUCUCAAGGACUUCAUGUCUAUAGACGAUGUGAGACUGGAAAAGGCUCGAUUUGUAACUCAAUACCUCGCUGGUGACGAGGGAAGGCACUUGCUUCAUGAGAAUAAGGAGAUGGCCGAAUCCGUCGUGUCACUGGCUGAAGUCCUCCUUCCCCAACGAUCGCCGAAGGACCGUUUUACCAUCUACAAUGAGGCCAUUCUCACUGUCUACUCCUAUGCCUGGUUCCAUUUUACCUUCUGUCUGGCUACCCUCUUUAUGAUGGCGCAGUUGACCAAUUGGUAUAAUCCCGAAAUCUCCAGCCUACAGGCGGUGAUGGAAUCCUGGGCAAAUAUGUGGAUGAAACUAUUCUCGGCUUUUUUGGCCCUUCUUCUCUACCUCUGGACUCUCUGUUUCAUGCGAUUCUGUUUCAGUCGAAGCCUCAUUCAAACUCCCCUCAAUCCAGCAACACAUUGGGUCGCUAAGGAACCCGAAAAUAACCCCAGCCAAAAUAAAAACAAAAAAUCUUCACCUUCUAGGGUUUAA